AUGGCCUCAGCCGCUGCGUCGUCAAACUAUAAUGCUUCUGCUGGUGCAGCAAGUUAUGCAACUACAAAUCCGUCCAAUGAUGACAGAGGACCAAAGUUUAACGAAUAUCGAUCGCGGGUUAUGCUUGGAGAUCUUCCUCAAGAUUUCCUUCGCAUUCAACUUGUACAAGCACAAAUUUUCGAUCCAAUGGGGCAUGGUAUGAGACAACAAGGCUAUGGAUCCGCUCCACAUCCUCAACAACUUCAACAAAAUCCAAAUUUCCUUGGUUAUUUUACAUUGACCAUUGCCGAGGCGAAAUUGAUCAAAAGUGCUGGCUUAUUGGGUUUAAUCAAAAUGGAUCCGUAUGUUAGCUUUCGUAUUGGCCACGUUUCAUACGAUACACAGACAGCCAGUGGCGGUGGAAAAAAUCCUCAAUGGAAAGCAUCAUAUCGCAUUAAUUUAUUCAAAGGAAUGGACAAAAUACAUUUGAUAGUCUAUGAUCAGCGAAACUUUACCGAAGAUAGUUUCAUCGGAGAAUGUGAAGUAACAAUCCCACGGGAGGUCAUAGAAGGUGAAACUCGGCAACAGUGGUACCAAUUAAUGGGCCGACAAGCAAACGCAAAUGAAAUUCAAGGUGAUAUUCUGAUAAUUAUGAGUUUCAUGCCGAAAACUAACCAAGAUCCAAAUGAGCUUCAUAAUGCACCUGUAAGAUCAUCCCAUCCAACUACACCUGCAAAUGGAGCGACUUCUACACCUGCGGGAAAUGCAACUGGUUCUACUCAACCUGCUCCGCAUGCGACUGAACAGUCAGCAGCACAGCAUUCUCCAUCAGUCACACCAAAACCACCACCACUGCCUUAUUCUGAAGAUGAUAUUCGAACGGUAAAAGAAAUGUUUCCAAAUGUCGAUGAACAUUUCAUAUCUGAACUACUCAAACAACAUGGCGGAAACAAAGAUCUUGUUGUCAACCAUCUUUUACAAAACGCUGUUUAA